GUGCGAGUCAGAAGGAACUAGAAAGACACAUCUCGUCUUUGUGAUGAGCGACGGGCGGUAUUAAACCCCCGGCCGGGCUAUCAGCGACCCCACAGCGUGUUACAGCGCCAGUCGGAGCUCCGUGUCGCCUGUUAAGAGCAGUCUCCGUGUCGGGCCGGUAGUCCUCUCGAGCGCCGGGGAUGGCGGCUUCGGUUUUAACCAGCAGAGCUCUUCACGCGCAGCUGUCCGUCGUCAUGGCAGCGCUGACCAAAGCGGCGGUGGCGGAGAUCUGCGCGGUGGUGGACGAAGGUUACGCGGCGCUGCACGCGGAGAUAUCGCGGAGCCACCGGGAGAACGAGGACCUGAAGAAGAAGCUCCACCUGAUAGAGUCCAUAGUGGUCCGCGCGGAACCGGGGUUUGUACCGGCCGCGGAGAGCGCACAGAACGCGGAAACACCGCAGCAGCGGCGCGACAGCGAGGGCGGAGACACCGCUGCCGCCGCCGGAGGGGAAGGAGGAGGUGUGGUGUUGAUGCAGGAGGAGCUUCCAGACGUGGUGUUAAUCAAAGACGAAGACUCGGACAGUAACGACAGCUUUGACGAAGAUAACCAAGCGCCUGCUGACGGAGGACGAGAGUGCGUCCCGUCGGCGCCCGUUGGCCGUGGCGUGAAAAGACACUGGCCGCCGGGGUGCGAGCAGGCCGACAGGAAGUCAUCCUCCUCCGAGCCGCAGAAGCGCGCCCGUCUUCACGCUGGAGGCUCCACGCGGCGAGCCGGGCUGCUCCGGUGCAGAGACGGACCCCGACGACUCCUCUUACUCCGCGCAGGUGGACCCGGACGUGCAGCUGCUGCACCCGGGCGCCAACAGACCGACGUACUUCAACGCCGGCGCCCCGACGAUCAGGUCCCGGUCGCCCGCCGCGGGCCGAGUGGAGCCGGACCUCAGCCCGGCGUGGACCAAACAGCCGAAAGGCCUUCUGACGUUCGCUCACUUCAACCCCGACGAGAACCUCGACGCCGGAGACGCUUUCGGGCUCAAGGUGAUCAGCGUGAGCGGGUCGGCCGCCGCGGAGUGCUGCCAGCUGUCGGAGGGCGGCGGCAGCGGCGGCAGCGGCGGCAGCGGCGGCUCGCCGUUCGAGUACGACGAAGGCGAAUUGGCGGCGAACUUCCCCCAGUACGUCGGGGACCAAACAGGCGGAGGACCGCCGCCGGGCAGCCGCGCCAGGCGCUACGUGUGCGCGGUCUGCGCCAAGACGUACGCCACGUCCCAGAACCUCGACGUUCACAUGCGGAUCCACACGGGCCAGCGGCCGUUCAGCUGCGCCCAGUGCGGAAAGAAGUUCACCCAGUCGGCGCACCUGAAGUCGCACCUGAGCGUGCACUCGGGCGAGCGGCCGUACGCGUGCACGUUGUGCUCCCGGAGCUUCAUUGUCAAGUACAGCCUCAAGCUACACAUGAAGAAAUGCCAUCCUGACGCCUGAACGAACUAGGGCUGCCACCUCAUAGUCGACUAAUCGCUCGUUUUGGUCUUAGUCGACUAAG